UCUGCGGCGAUACCACCUGUCAGUUAGACUCGUUCAACAUACCCGGCUGGAGAGGAAAGAAAGCGUAUGCUUCCUUAUUACAAUGACGCUAUCAUUUUAAUCGUAAAUAAAAUACUACAACGGUGGCGUUUUUUAGUUCUCAGCCAGCCUCGUUUAAACGAACCCGUUUACUUUGUUAGUAAAAUUUUAAUUGAACGCCUAGAUGUCGGUGCACAUAUUCGAGGUGGGCGGCUCGCUGAUGGGGAACAGCGUCACCUCCAUGGUCCUAGUGACCACCGCUUUCCUCCUGGGUGUCGGGUACGCCUUCAAAGUCCUCUUCAGGCAGGCGCAGUCGGCGGACAAAGAUGCAAAGCUGCCCCCGGUGAUCCCCUCCAGUAUCCCCUUUCUGGGACAUGCUAUAGCGUUUGGGAAAAGUCCCAUUGAAUUCCUAGAAGAUGCUUACGAGAAGUACGGACCUGUGUUUAGCUUCACCAUGGUGGGGAAGACGUUCACCUACCUGCUGGGCAGCGAUGCGGCCGCACUCCUCUUCAACAGCAAGAAUGAGGAGCUGAACGCUGAGGAUGUGUACUCUCGCCUCACCACUCCAGUGUUCGGAAAGGGGGUGGCAUAUGACAUACCGAACCCGGUCUUUCUGGAGCAGAAGAAAAUGCUAAAGACAGGACUGAACAUUGCCCAUUUCAAGCAGCAUGUCCAAAUCAUAGAAGAGGAGACCAAGGAAUACUUUGCACGCUGGGGAGACAGUGGGGAGAGAAAUUUGUUUGAGGCACUUUCGGAGCUGAUCAUCCUGACGGCCAGCCACUGUCUCCAUGGGAAGGAGAUCCGCAGCAUGUUGGAUGAGAAGGUGGCCCAGCUGUAUGCAGAUCUGGAUGGUGGAUUCACUCAUGCCGCAUGGCUGCUCCCAGGCUGGCUGCCCCUGCCCAGCUUCAGACGACGAGACAGGGCACACAGGGAAAUCAAAAACAUCUUCUUCAAAGUCAUCCAGAAGCGCAGGGAGUCACCACAGGAAGAGGAUGACAUACUGCAGACCCUUAUAGAUGCUACCUACAAGGAUGGACGUCCUCUAAGCAACAACGAGAUCGCAGGCAUGCUCAUCGGUUUGCUACUAGCUGGACAGCACACGUCCUCCACCACCAGUGCCUGGAUGGGCUUCUUCUUGGCUCGGGACAAGGCCGUGCAGGAACGCUGCCUUGCAGAGCAGAAGGCUGUGUGCGGAGAGGCCCUCCCCCCUCUCGACUAUGACCAGCUGAAGGACCUGACUUUGCUGGACCGCUGUUUGAAGGAAACACUACGUCUCAGACCACCAAUUAUGACCAUGAUGAGAAUGGCAAAGUCCCCCCAGACUGCAGCUGGCUACACCAUCCCAGCUGGACACCAGGUGUGUGUAUCGCCCACUGUCAACCAUCGCCUGCAGGACACCUGGAUGGAAAGGAUGGAGUUUAAACCUGACCGGUACCUGCAUGAGAACCCUGCUGCUGGCGAGAAGUUUGCUUAUGUACCAUUUGGAGCUGGGCGUCACCGUUGUAUUGGGGAGAAUUUUGCCUACGUUCAGAUCAAGACCAUUUGGUCCACUCUUCUGCGUUUGUAUGACUUUGAGCUGGUCAACGGAUACUUUCCCACAGUGAAUUACACAACAAUGAUCCACACACCCAAUCGGCCCAUCAUCAGAUAUAAACGUCGGCAGCACUGAGAGACUGACAUUCAGAUUUAUUCCGGAAAGUACAAGACAAAGCCUUAUCCAUCCUUACAGUGCUUAAUGUGAAUAUUUUACAAAUAUUUCUGUCUAGGUUCAGAUGGACUGCACAUUGGGGUUGUCCAGGAGAGGACAACAAUUAAAAAGCACUAAAAUUAAAUUUGUAUAUUAGAGAUUAUGUAAUGCUCAGAGCUGAUGUGGAAUGUUGUAAUACACAUUUAUGUUUCUCAUGGCCCCUAUGAGAAACCAUAUUUUACUAAAUGUCAAUAAAAUAACUGCUUGGAGCAAAA